AGGUAACCAAACAGAUACAUAUAAAUUAUAAUCUCAAAAAUUAUAAUAUAUAUUAUGUAUAGAUUAUAUAGCCCAUAAGACUCUAAACUUUAUUAUUGGGAGCCAAACGCUUAGCCUGGACCAGCUAGAAAUCUUGCGCGUCUUCUUUGGCCCGAUGCCUUCUCGCCCUCUACGGUCAGGAGUCCCUGGCCGAGGCCGAAUACAAGGAUCCAAUCGCGCCCAAAACGAGGAGUCCGUGCGCGGAACGUGGCCCAGGCCCAAUGCUUCUAGUUCAUUCUGACUCUGACGCCUCCUCAUCCAAACGCGGAGACCGUGCGUGGAACGUGGCAAGGCUGAAUACAGGCAUACAACCAUGCUAGUGGAGACUGGAGGAGUGUAGAGCCGCAGAUUAUUAAACGCAAACUAGGCAAUUACGCGAUACAGCAGAGCUGCACAGAUUCCACAGAAAAUAGCAAACCCUCGGUCCCGGUCCCGGUCCCGGCCAACUCCGUCUCCCCGCUGCGCCGCCGCCCUAAUCACCACGAUGACGUCUCCCCGCGCCAUCGCAAGCGCCGCGCGUCCCCGUCCCUAUGUCCACCCCGCUCGCCUUUCCUCGGCGUCGACGCGGACCGUCGUCGCAGAUCUAGGGCUUCGCCGCCCGAUUUCGAUAUCCGCGGUCGCCGCUGCGAUGCCAAGCCCUCUGAGGAGAAGGAGAACGGCCAUGCCAAGCCCGGAAAGGAUGAGGACGGCGACAACCGAUCUCCCCGGCGCGACAGGGUUUCAGACAGGGAGGAAGGUAGCGAACGCCGGAGGAUACGCGAUAUGGUUUCUGACGACGAGAAGGUGGAAGGCCGUCGGCGCAGGCGGGCAAGGGAUCCGGACGACCGCCGUGGCAAGCAAGACCGGGAGAGGAACAGACGGCGCCACCGGCGCCGGAGCCCAAGCUCGGAGUCAGGGUCCUCACCCAACGAACGUCGCCACCGCCGCCGGCGCCGAGACGAGGGCUCGAGGCGGCGGGAUGACCGCAGUCGAAGGGAGGACGAGCUCCGUAGAAGCCCUAUGAAGAGGGAGCUGACCCCGCCACUGUCGCCCCCACCGCCGCCUCCUUCCGGAGAUGAUCCCUGGGCGCACGGGUGGGAUCUACAUCCCGCCUUUCCGCAUGGCGCAGAUGAUGCGAGAUGUGGAGGACAAGUCGAGCCCUGUGUAUCAGCGCCUCACCUGGGAUGCUCUCAAGAAGAGCAUCAAUGGGCUGGUGAAUAAGGUGAAUGCGACCAAUAUCAAGAAUAUAGUGCCAGAGCUCUUUGCAGAGAACCUUGUUCAUGGGCGGGGGCUCUUCUG